UACAGCGUGUGCUCUUUAUUUUCCUCUAGCACAAUUACACACUACUAAACCUGGCAUGCAGGUCAGUCAGCAAGACUUUGAAAAGGCGAAAGAUCAGCUGAAACUUUUGAAGGUUGAUCCUGGUAAUGAAGUAAAGCUGAAGCUUUAUGCAUUGUUUAAACAGGCAACUCAGGGUCCCUGCAAUACCCCCAAACCAGGCAUGCUAGAUUUUGUCAACAAGGCCAAAUGGGAUGCAUGGAAUUCACUUGGCUCUUUGCCACAGGAGAGUGCCAGGCAGCAAUAUGUCGAUCUUGUGUCAAGCUUGGUGUCUUCAGAAUCUUCAAGUCACGUUAAGGAGAACCCUCCUGACAGCAAGUCUGGCUAUGAAACGAUAGAGGUUUUCACUGAGGACAACAUCACAAAAAUAGUAUUAAACCGCCCCAAAAUGAAAAACGCAAUCAGUGUAAAGAUGUAUGAAGAAAUUAUGGAAGCACUUGAGGAAGCAGCAAAGGAUGACUCUGUUAUAACAGUCCUGACAGGAAGUGGAGAUUACUAUUGUAGUGGAAAUGACCUGAACAACUUUGCUAAUGUCUCAGCGGGUGGGAUAAAGGAAAUGGCAGAUAAUGGUGCAAAGCUGCUCAAAAACUUUGUCAAGCAUUUUAUUGAUUUUCCUAAACCAUUGAUUGCUGUGGUGAAUGGGCCAGCCGUUGGAAUCUCUGUAACUGUCCUUGGGCUUUUUGACGUGGUAUAUUCUACUGACAGGGCUACCUUUCACACACCCUUUAGCAAUCUGGGUCAGAGUCCAGAAGGAUGUUCCUCAUAUGUAUUUCCAAAAAUUAUGGGCCUAGCAAAGGCAACAGAGAUGCUGCUUUUCAACAAGAAGCUGACUGCUGCAGAAGCCUGUUCCGUGGGGCUUGUUACGGAAGUUUUCCCUGACAAGACCUUCCAAAAAGAAGUGCGGGCAAGGCUAAAAGCUUACGCAAGUCUCCCCAGAAAUUCCCUGGCAAUCUCCAAGCAGUUACUCCGAAGCAUAGAAAAGGAGAAGCUCCAUGAAGUUAAUUCUCAAGAAUGUGCAUGUCUCAAAGAAAGGUGGCUCUCUGAUGAGUGCAUGAAUGCUGUAAUGAGCUUCCUGAAGAAGAAAUCGAAACUCUAAUCACUCGCCCAACUGUGCAAAAUAGAUUUCUGUAAAACUAAUUUCUAUCCCUUUUCCUACAAGAACAAAUGUCACUAAAUUAAUAUUCCAGGUAAGUAUCCAAGAUAGUGCCUUAAUUUUGACAAGGGAAAUCCAUUUAUUGUAUUGAUGCCAGAGCUGCUUCAGUCAUUAAUGGUAGCCACCUCAGAUCUUUAUCCCUUUUUGUAUCUGGACAUGAAUUUAUGAUGCCAAGCGCAUCGCAAAUUCUGGCUUGGGCCACGAGGUGGGAAAGCUCUUAUCGCUUUACAUGCUGAGCGAAUCUCUUUGAAUACAACAACAACUGUUUGCCUUCCAAAAGGGGUCAAAGAUUCGAUGUCACCAAAUUUUGCAAGCUCCUGAGCAACUGAUUGCUGGUUGCGUUGGACCAAAGCAUUGUUUGGUGUCCACCUAUUGUAUAAGAAGAGACAAGAAGAAGACUGACAUUAUUUGUAUUAGUAGAGAAUCUGAAUUAAAGUAUUCGUUUACAAAGUCUUAUUUAUGGACCAAGUGUUUCUGUGUAACAGUUCCAUGUGUUUUGUUAUGUGAUAUAACACUUGCUGUGUGUCACAGGUGUUUACUGGGCAGACACUUUUGACAUCUUCCCUAAGGCAGAGGAGCUACAAAGUCUGAAAGUAUGUGUAGAGUGAUUUUUAAAGUAUUUUUUUAAACUACUAAAGACUGAAAGGAGAUAUAUGUGAAAAUAUGUGAAUAAGCAGUCGCAUCCUGCAAAUGCUCCUGGUAUUGCAUUAACUCAGCCUUUGUUUUAACUUGACCUUUAAUCACAUUUUCUACCUUUGGCUGCCCUAAUACAGUGUUCAGGUACUUAGGUUUGGUGUCUGCAAAUCUGGGGGGAAACUGGAGUUUUGCUCAUCCUUAUGUUUGGCAGUAUUUCACCAAGCUGCAUACUGAAAAAUAAAGUUUUCUCAUUCAUGGACAAGCCGUGAUUCUCAAAUA